UUCAGGGACGGUAAAUUGACGUUGGCGAGUGGAAAGGCUAAUACAAAUGAUUGGAACAUGGUUUUCACUAACUACUUGGAUCCUUGCUACAGCAUGUAUUAUGAACCCAAUGGGGCACACCACGGUCUUCCGGUUGCCACUGACGACGGCUAUCUCCAUGACUCCAAAAGUAAACAAGUCUACAGCUGCUUCCAAGGUUACUGCCCCACCUCGCCACCACCACUGUUGCCGCCGCCGCCGCCACAGCCGCCGCUGCCGCAAAUGCCUUCACUUCAGCACGUCUGUCAAUGGACCAAGCCGGGAAGUUGCGUUGGAAACGUCUGCGGCCUGACAUUCAACAACAUCAACGAUAUGGUUAACCACGUGACUCAGGAUCACGUUGGAGGACCUGAACGUGUGGACCACACGUGCUAUUGGCACGGUUGCUCACGCCAAGGUCGUACAUUCAAGGCCAAAUACAAGUUGGUCAAUCACAUCCGAGUUCACACUGGCGAAAAGCCAUUCAGCUGCCCCUUCCCCGGAUGCUAUAAGGUCUUCGCGAGGGCAGAAAAUUUAAAGAUCCACAUCAGAACUCACACGGGUAAGUUAAUGCUGUCCUUACUUGUUGCUGUAGGUAUCGCUUUAGAACCCAAUAUUCAGUUUUUCAGAAACCUUCAUUAA